AUGUCGUUCCGCGCGAUGUACUCAAUAAGAAGCUUACGAGGUGGAAGCCGCGUUUUACUGAGAACACCCCAGUUACAGCGUGCUAUUUUCACGAGAGCUGGAAAUGCUGGUGAUAAUGCAGAAGGCGGAGGAGGAUCUGAAGGCGGCGCAUCAUCACCCGGUGGCAAAGAUUCAGCCAAGGAAGCCGAGUUGGUAGAACAAGUCGAGGACAUACUCUCUUCAACUGGGUCAAUGAGUACAAUCACGGUACCCGAGAAUUGGCCUAUUGUACCUGUAAUCGCUGUUAGCCGAUAUCCACUAUUUCCUGGAUUUAUUAAAAAAGUAGAUAUUGUCAAAGAUGAAGCACUGAAAGAACUUUUAAGACGAAAAGUGAAAAUGCGUCAGCCGUACGUUGGUGUGUUCGUGAAAAAAGACGAUGACAGCAAAGCCGAGUCAGUUAUGUCACUGUCGGAUCUUUAUUCAGUGGGAUCAUUUGCACAAAUAAUUGAGAUGCGAGAUUUGGGCUCGGUUAUUGAACUAAUCUUAUCGGCGCAACGAAGGAUUCGAAUUUUGGAAUCAGUUGAUGAUAUUAGUGAUGAUUCAAACGCAGGUGCGAGUGUUGGUCGUGUGAAUGGUCGCCGUGUGGGUCAACAACGCCGUAGAUCAUCGAAGGUUAGUAAAGAGAAGGAAAAGGAGAAAGAGUCCUCACCGGGACCUGAACCAUCAAGCGAACCAACGGUUAUUCUCGCAAAAACAGAGAAUGUGAUCACCGAACCAAUUGAAAAAACGGUUGAAGUUAAGGCAACAAUGCAAGCCAUUGUACAAACAAUUCGUGAUAUCGUGCAGUACAAUGCUCUUUUUGGACAACAAAUCAAUUUGCUGCUACAUCCAUCACAUAAUGUAGUCGAUAAUCCGGUUUAUUUGUGUGAUCUUGUGGCCACUCUUGUUCAAAGUGCUGAUACAAUCGAUCUGCAAAAUAUGAUGCAGGAAAUGAAUCUGAAUCGUCGCCUUGAAAUGGCACUUGUCUUGGUGGAAAAGGAAAAGACAGUGGCUAAAUUGAAGCAUGAUAUCAAUAAAGAUGUUGAAAGAAAAGUUCAAGAGCAACAUCGUAAAUUCCUUCUGAACGAACAGUUGAAAGUAAUCAAAAAAGAGUUGGGUAUUGAAAAAGAAGACAAGGUGGCGAUAGCUGAAAAAAUGGAUGAACGCAUCAAGAAUUUGAAUGUUCCAGAAUAUGUGAUGAAAGUCAUUAAAGAAGAACAAGCGAAACUUUCGUUUCUUGAUCCACACUCGAGUGAAUUCUCAGUUGCGAGAAACUAUCUCGAUUGGUUGACGAGUAUGCCGUGGGGAAAAACCUCUGAAGAGACAUUCGAUUUGGAAUGGGCGAUGAAAGUUCUGGAAGAAGACCAUUAUGGAAUGAAGGAUGUCAAAGAUCGUAUUUUGGAAUUUAUCGCAAUUGGUAUACUCAAGAAGAAAGUCGGUGGAAAAAUUCUCUGUUUUCAUGGACCACCGGGAGUUGGUAAAACAAGUAUAGCCAAAUCAAUUGCUAGAGCUUUGAACCGAGAGUACUUCCGUUUCUCGGUUGGCGGAAUGACUGAUGUAGCUGAAAUAAAAGGGCAUCGACGUACUUACGUUGGGGCGAUGCCAGGCAAAAUGAUCCAGUGUUUGAAAAAGGUGCAAACGGAAAAUCCACUGGUGCUCAUUGAUGAAGUGGACAAAAUUGGUGGUGCUAGUUACCACGGAGAUCCGUCAUCUGCUCUACUCGAGCUUCUUGAUCCCGAACAAAACCACAACUUCAACGAUCACUUCUUGGAUGUUCCUGUCGACUUGUCCAAAGUGCUUUUUAUAUGUACAGCAAAUGUGCUAGAGACAAUACCAGGUCCGCUGAAGGAUCGUAUGGAAAUGAUUGAAGUAUCAGGCUAUGUGGCUGAAGAGAAACUGAACAUUGCAAACAGUUAUUUGGUGCCGCAGUGCCGUGCUGAUAGUUCAUUGCAAGAAUCUCAACUGCAGUUGACUUCUGAAGCUUUGAACACCAUUAUAAAGCAAUAUUGCCGAGAAUCGGGUGUGCGCAAUCUGCAAAAACAUAUUGAAAAGAUAUUCCGUAAAGCAGCAUUCAAAAUUGCCCGUGCCAAAGAUUCACCACCUGAACAAAUUGUCGUUGACAACUCCAAUUUAGAGCAGUUUGUUGGUCGACCAAAAUUCACCAGCGAUCGUCUGUAUGAUGUUACUCCAACCGGUGUUAUUAUGGGUCUUGCUUGGACAGCUAUGGGUGGUUCAGCGCUGUACAUUGAAGCGACACUUCGUCGUCGAUUGGAAACCACGAUCAGGAAGAAGAAGGACGAAAACUCAGGACCCCAACCAGAUGGUACUCUUGAGGCGACGGGUCAUUUGGGGGAUGUUAUGAAAGAGAGUAUGAGAACUGCUUAUACAGUGGCGAGAAAUCUGUUAAGCAGACGUUUUCCGGAGAAUGAUUUCCUUGAGAAGGCGCAUGUGCACGUGCAUGUGCCUGAGGGUGCUACUCCAAAAGAUGGACCAUCAGCUGGCUGUACGAUCACUUCAGCUCUCUUGUCGCUGGCAACCAAUCGACCUGCAAGGCAAAAUUUAGCGAUGACCGGUGAAAUUUCGUUGACUGGACGUAUUUUGCCCGUUGGAGGAAUUAAAGAAAAAAUCAUCGCAGCGAAAAGAGCCGGUGUUAAUUGCAUUAUAUUACCUGAGGAAAACAGGAAGGAUUUCGCGGAUUUAGCAGAUUUCAUUCGUCAAAAUGUAGAAGUGCACUUUGUUUCGCAUUACGACGAAGUGUUUGAUAUAGUGUUUGCAGAUUCGUCGAACUAA